AUGGUAGAAAGUGCUAAAAAUGAUGGUGUGAUCAAAAAUGAUGCUCAGGCAAAGCGUUUUGAAUGCAAAAGAAUCUAUGGAAAGAACUUGGUCAAUAACCCUCUUCAUCUUAUUCAAUCCACUUCAUCUGAUGUUCCACUUCCCAAAAGCGAAUUUUCUACUCCAAAAAACAAUCAAAAGAAUAUGUGUGAAUUCGGCUACCUCCUAAACACAAGUCAAUUUGAAGUUGAAAAAAUUUUAGACAGACGUGUUGUAGAAGGCAAUAAGGUUGAAUAUUUGAUUAAAUGGAAGGGUUAUGAUAAUUCGAGAGACAAUACUUGGUAUUAA